GUCCAUAUAAAUAAUUGCCAGCUGACCCUGACCUGAGAGGAACUAAUUGAAAAAAACCAACUAUAUACCCCUUGUAGCAAUUUGUAAUUUGUGAAUUGUGAAUCUGCCAAACAAGAUGCAGCAAAACCAAGCAGAUGGUUCUGCCGAUAAAGUCACCGGCUUCGCACAUGUUCUUGCUGCCUCCUUCGCCAGUUUAGUAGCUGCCGCCGCACACCACUGGCGGCCAGAGCCCUCCAUGGUGGUGGACAAAAACAUCAUACCCCACUUAGAAAGAACUGAGUCUGGCCGUGUUGCGAGGAUCGAAAAGUUCUCCCACUAUGUUGCUAGGCAGAUAGGGUUUGAAGAAGAGGAUCAGGUGCCAGCACUAUGCAUUGUGGCACAAGACUAUUUGAGAAAAUCAAAAGGGUGUGACCAAAGCAUCUAUGAAUAUCUAGCCAAUGAAAACGACGCUGGUUCUCUGUAUGUGAAAUUGGUCGAUGAGUUUGAGAGAUGCAUUCUCAGUUAUUUUGCAUUUCACUGGACUCAAGCUCCAUCUAUGAUUAGUCAGGUAUUGAAUACUGAGUCUCAGCAGAAAACAAAGCUGAAGGAAAUUCUAUUGGCAGCUACAAGGAAACAGAGGUUUGAUAGAAUAACCAAGGAUCUGAAAGUGACGAGAGUGUUCUCAACUUUGGUGGAAGAGAUGAAAGCAUUCAAAGGUGACUCACAAUGUAAAGAUGUCAUGGUCCCCAUUGCCCACAGCGAGAGGAGUCCAGUGCUGAUGUUUAUGGGUGGUGGCAUGGGAGCAGGAAAAAGCACAGUUCUUAAAGAUAUUCUUAAAGAACCAUUUUGGUUAGGAGCAGCUACAAAUGCUGUGGUGGUUGAGGCUGAUGCUUUUAAGGAGAGGGAUGUCAUAUAUAGAGCUCUUAGCUCAAGGGGUCACCAUGAUGACAUGCUUCAAACUGCUGAAUUGGUGCAUCAAUCUUCAACUGAUGCUGCAUCAUCCCUGCUAGUGACAGCUUUGAAUGAGGGGAGAGAUGUGAUCAUGGAUGGUACCUUAUCAUGGGAGCCUUUUGUGGAGCAGACUAUUGCUAUGGCAAGAAAUGUUCACAAAUGCAAGUACAGAAUGGGGGUGGGCUAUAAACUGGCUGAAGAUGGAACCGUUACUGAAAAGUACUGGGAGCAAGUGAAUGAAGCAGAGGAAGAGCAUCAAGUAGAGGAAAAUAGUAAUGCUGAGACACAAAAUGGAAAGCCUUAUAGAAUAGAGCUAGUUGGUGUUGUUUGUGAUGGCUAUCUUGCUGUUAUUAGAGGCAUGAGGAGAUCUAUUAUGACUGGGAGAGCAGUGAGGGUCAAUUCACAAUUGAAAUCUCACAAAAGAUUUGCUAAUGCAUUUCCAAGAUACUGUAAACUUGUUGACAAUGCCAGGUUGUUCAGCACAAACUCUAUUGGUGGUCCACCAAAGUCGGCAUUUGAAGGGUGUCCAGAUAUCGGACGGUUUACACAAAAAAAAGUAUUAAAAUGUCAAGAGGGUAAUUUGUUUGGCUUUACAACACAGCUCAUUGGGUGGAAGGAUGGUGUUCAUAAUCUACUGGUGGAUCCUGAAGACAUCAAAUGCUUGAAAAAUAUAGGAAGUUUGAAUGCUGAAGCUGAUUCCAUCUACGAACUUUACAGGGAAUCCAACCUUAUAAAGGAACCUGGUUCUGUUUGGAAUGACUUUGUUAUGUCACCUUCAAGGCCAAAUUAUCAGAAAGAGUUAAGGGAAUCCAUUCUUAAAAUUGAGAAGUCCAUCACAGAAAAUGUAACCAAUAUUGUUGCAUGAAAUGGUGCAGCCAAAUCAUGGUUUUACCAUCUUACUAAAGUAUGAAGUUAUCAAAUUUGUGUAUAUCUAACUUCAAGUAUAUGUCAUGUUAAUUAUCAUGUA